CCAGAGCUGAGACACUGAGAACCCCUGGCAGCUCUCCCCAGCCAGCUCCUGGGGGCUGGGGGCAGGAUGGGGGCAGCUUUGGGACUGUUCCUUCUAUCCCUCCCUCUGCCCAAGCAUCACCCAGCUGGGACUGGCUUUGUGCCCAGCUCAGCCUCCUCCAUGUCUGUUCUGUACUGCACCUCCUGACCUCCCACACCAGCAAAAACAUUCCCAUGGCAAGGAUCUGUGCUGCUUAGCUGGGUUUUAGACAGGCACGUCUCUAAGUGGGUCUGACACCCAUGUCCUGCUGGCAUUCAAGCAUCCUGAAGAUCCCCUUGCUCCUGAGCUGAGCUCACCGGGUAAGUCAGUGGCCGGGGAGCCUCCACUCCUGGGCAGAACAAGACUGGGUGGUGAGAAGGAUGCUGGGGAGAACAAGAGGGCCAUAGUGAGCACAGGUGAGUGCUCAAAAAUAUUUGCAAGCUUCACCUCCCUUUGAAGUCCUGGUGCCUCAACCUCCCCUCUCCCUGAGGCCCUGGCUCCUGAUUUAUUGGGUUCCUGGAGGAGAGGCACCUAAAUUAGCUCAGGCUUCAAAGAGCCAAGAGAGGAGACGGGCAAUAGACAAAUAACCCCCCACUAAUUGUGGCUAUUGAUCAAACAUGGGCCAGGACAAUCAGAUAGGAAGGGAUGGAUCAAGGGGGGCACAUUCUCCAGGGGCUCUGCUUUCGCACCAGUUACCCCAACAAUUUGUCAGACCCGCUCCUGGGCUGUUUUUCAAAGCAUUACCUGUCACACAGGAAGGCAUUUAGUGACUGGUUGCUAAUGAGAUGAUGGGCAAACACACGUGGUUGUCCCUCAGUGCUCUGAGGGUGGGGACCUGGCUCUGCCCAUGGCCUCCGGACCUGCUGCACCUGGGAAGUCCCUCGUCCCACCAGCUUAUGGAUUCAGGAAACAAGGAGCUGCUUUCAGCAUCGUUUUCCCCAAGUAAGUGCCGGUCAGGCACGUCAGCCCAGACAGCUCUGCCCCCAGGCUCCUGCUCUGCUCCGAAGGGACAGGAAGGCUCUGGAUGCAGGUAGCACUUUAGCUCUUUUAUCACCUGCCCCAAUCCCCCCUGACACAUUCCUGCUUCCUGCUCCGCAGGGCAGAGGCAUGCCAAGCCCUGCACAUUCCUGUACCGACCCCUGACUCCCCGGGGCUGCUCCUUCCCAGGCACUCACCUACCUCAGUGCCCACAGAUUCUCCCGGCUCACUGGGGUGCAGCUGUGUGGAGCCUCCAGCCCAAUCCUGGGGCAGGAGUAAUUUUGCCUUCUCCUGCACUCAGCCACAGGACUUGCUCCUCUCUCAGCAGUGUCAUCAUUCCAUGCCUCGGUUUCUCUUAGCUGGGAAGUAACAGAGCAGCUCAUGCUGCAGCACCCAUGAGCUGGGGGUAAAGAAGAGCCAGGGUGGUGAUGCCCCACGGGGUUCUGCGUCACAGCACCGCAUAAAACCCAGGCGUGACCUGGCCCAGGCUGAGCCACCAGCCCACCCAGCGGAGGAGAGAGCAGAGCAGCACAGGGGAACUCCUGCAGCGCCCAAAUUCUUAGCAGAGACUAAAGCAACCACUGCAACACGUGCUGGGGCCUGUGAGCAUCUCACUGCAAGCUCCGGGCACCCCAGCACUGAUGCCCCAUGCUCCAGCCUGGUACCACAUGCUCAGGAGCAUCCCUAGGGAUAGGAACCAGGCAGGACUUGCCCUGUGACUCUCUGCAAAGCCACACCUGCGGCAGGUGAGGAGGGUCGGGGGAGCCACGUGACGAGCCCUGUAGUGGGGUUUUUAGAGGCGGCUGUGUGUCCCUGGAGGAGUGUCUCCCACACCUCGCAGGAGGCAGGACCACAGCAGCACCUCUCCCGCUCCCCCUCGCCGCUGCCAUGACCGGAGUAGCCGUGGGGAAAGGCACAGAGCCAGAGCCAGACAGCUCGGAGGAGGAGCUGGAAGCGGGGGGCACACCCCAGGCGUGCUGUGGGCAGAGCCUGUGGGUCCCCCAGGGCAGGGAAGCAGCCGCCUGCCUGGGGGACAUUGAAGGGAUGAAGGUGAGGAAGAGGAGCAGGCCAGUGCGCUCCAAGGCCAGGAGGAUGGCUGCCAACGUCAGAGAGCGUAAGAGGAUUCUGGACUACAACCAAGCCUUCAACGCCCUGCGCCUGGCCCUCAAGCAUGACCUCGGUGGCAAAAGGCUUUCUAAAAUCGCCACCCUCCGGCGAGCCAUCAACAGGAUCACGGCUCUGUCCCUGUCCCUGCAUGGCGCCGGGUGCUGCUGGCCCUGCGCCCACUCCGAGUGCCACGGCCGGGCUGGGGUCCCCACACAGGAGCCAGGGGUGAAGGGCAGCCGCCCCCAGCUCCCCUGGGAGCCCGGUUCUGCAGGCACACGCUGCCCUCCGUCUCCUCUCUGCGCUGAGUUCUCCCCUCAGAGGCAGCUCCAUCACUACGAGAGCCCGAAGGAGGAUCACUCCAUGCCCAGCCCUGCCUGUUGCUCCAGUGGGACCCCCCACCCUGCGCUCUGGGGCACCCGCCAGCAGCGACACAUGGGCAGCCUGCAGGACCCCCUGGCCGGGGCACUCCCCUGGCAGCUGGGCUACUGCCAGAGCUGGGGACACCAGCAGUGCCUCCCCAUCCACUGACCUGCAGGGCCGGGGUGGCAAGAUGGUACCAGGAAGGUAAUGGAUC